AUGAGAACCGAUCAGUUUGAAAAUUUCAAAAGUACAAAAAAGGGACGAAAAUCCUUCGACCACGCCCAGAGAGAAAGUGUGAAGGAAAAGAUUCCUAACGAUUUCCAUCGAAAUAUGAAUAGCGAUCGGAAGCGUCCAUCAUUUGCUUCGGAUGACGAGACUGAAAUGAAAGUUCGGUUAAAUGCAAAAACUAUAAAGUCUUCAAGUCUUAUUGAAAGUGAAAGGCAAGAAAAAUGGAAUAAUUCAAAUGAUAAUACAGCAUGUUCAUCUUCGUCUUCGUCUGAAAAUGUGUUGGAUGAACUACCAAUCGAAAAAAAAUCUCGAAAGUUAGAAAGGAAGGCAGCUAUUGAAAAAAUUCGAAGUAAGGAAGAGGAAGAGUUUUGUCUUAAUCUUAUUUCUGGUGAAAAAUAUAAUUUGCCAUCUAUCGAGGAUGUUGAAGAUGAAUUAAAAUUAGCUCCCAAUUUGCAAAUUAUCAAACAACGUAUAGGUGAUAUUUUCGAAGUUCUAGGUGAUUUUAAAAAUCGCCGUCAAGCAGGAAGAAAACGCAAAGAAUAUCUAGCAAUACUUACUAGAGAUUUGUGCAAAUAUUAUGGUUAUAAUGAAUUUUUGAUGGAGAAAUUCAGAAAUUUGUUUUCAAAUGGGAGAGAACUUUUGGAAUUCCUGGAAGCUAAUGACCAACCUCGUCCAUUAACUAUCCGUUCUAACUCGCUGAAAACUCGUCGUGGUGAAUUGGCUAGAACUUUAAUUAAUCGGGGAAUGAAUGUUGAUCCGGCAGCGAACUGGACAAAAGUUGGAUUAAUUGUUUACGAGUCGCAAGUGCCAGUUGGCGCUACACCAGAGUAUUUGGCUGGGCAUUACAUAGUUCAAGGUUUAAGUUCAUUGAUACCAGUUAUGGCCCUUGCUCCUCAGCCUAAUGAAAGUGUUCUUGAUAUGUGUGCUGCACCUGGAGGAAAAACUUCACAUAUUGCAGCUGUAAUGAAAAAUACCGGAACUAUAUUCGCCAAUGAUAGUAAUAAGCCCUUUGAAAUAAGAUUGAUAUUGGUACAGAUUCAACGCUGCCGUGCGAUAAUUGGCAAUUUGCAUCGUCUUGGCGUAAAUAAUGCUGUAGUUACAAAUCUCGAUGGCAAAAUAUUCGCUAAUAUAUUUCCUCAAGCUUUCGAUCGAGUCAUACUUGAUGCACCGUGUUCUGGUACAGGUGUGAUAUCAAAAGAUGAGACCAUAAAGGGGCAUCGUGAUAGUCAAGAUAUACAGCGAAAACACACAAUUCAACGGCAGUUAAUCCUAGCGGCAAUGGAUAGCCUCAAUGCAAAGUCGGAAACAGGCGGUUAUCUUGUUUACUCAACAUGUUCUGUUUUGGUUGAAGAAAAUGAGGCAGUUGUCGAUUACCUAUUGCGUAAGCGUGACUGUAAGCUUGUUCCUAUAGGAGUCGACAUUGGCAUAGAAGGAUUUUCAAGGUAUAGAGAAUAUCGUUUUCAUCCUUCACUUAAUCUCUCUCGACGUUAUUAUCCGCAUAUACAUAAUUUCGAUGGCUUCUUUGUGGCUAAAAUAAAAAAACUGUCAAAUGAAAAAAGUGAGGUGGAUAAUUUGACUAAAUUUUUGAGGGAAAUUUUUUCAUGUUUUUUUUAA